UCUUUCAGUUCUCUGUAAAAAUGAUUCUAUUUCAUUCUUUAAUGAUGCUGGCAGCAGUAGGUGUGGUGAUUUCAUCAAACACCACGCAUAUCAGGCGAGCGCUUGCCAAAAAAGAAGCUGAGAACUUAAAUACUUUAAUCGACGUGCCAUCUACACUUCUUGUUGGAAAGUCGGCUUAUAAAGUAUUAGAAUUAAUUGGAGCCAAAAUAUCUGUGAAGCCAUUUCAGUGUAUAACAAGUGCAAUCAUUCAAAUUGAAACAUCAUCUCCAGCAUCAGUUAAAAUGUGUACAAGAUCUUGGAGUGCAGAAUGGCAUAAAAACAGUCUACAAGGUGGAAAAUCUAAAAGUGGCUUUCAAUACAAAUACGACAUUUUACAGAUAAACAAUAAUCCUCUCAAAUGGGUGUCGUUUGAAUAUCUUGGAAAUGUCUGCAUUAAUUAUUUAGCUUUCAGUUGUGGUCCGUCAACUGUAGAAGGAAUCGAUAAAAAAGGAGUUAAUUUCAUAAUUGGAUCCAACGUACUUGAAAAAUGGUAUACAUGGAACACAAAUAAAAAUCUUCACGGUAUUCGACGUUGUGGAAAUGAAAACAAAGGUGUCCGGUUGGAUGCAGGUGUUGAAGUUUCUUUCACAAUAAAAAGUGAAGCCUUUUACUGUAAAGAAAGUGAUCAGUUGUGCAUUGCGAAUAAUGCUUUCUUUGAUAAUGGAUUCACAAACUGCUUAUAAACUCAUGAACAAUUUCCAUAUUUUUUUCAAGAAAUCUUUGAUCGAAAAUCUUCUGAAAUAAAAAAGUUGUUUUUAGGAUCACUUGGAAACUCUAGUAAACUUCUUUUGUUAUUCAUUACUUUUCUAAUGUUUAUAUAUAGUAUGAAUGUUCACUUUAA